UACAUUUCCGGUAUGAACUCCACUGCCGGAAUUAUUUGCAUUAACUCAGAAAAUGUCAAUGGUGAGCAUGGUCAAGUUGAUGUUGUAGUACAAAAUACAGAUCUUUUCACUUGUGGUAUUUGUGAGCAUAAUGAAGAAAACCUUAUAGAUUUUUUGAGGCACAAGAUACAACACCGUGGACCAGGAAACUGUUAUGUUUGUCAGCUAUGUAAGAUUUCAUAUACUAAAGACUCCUCCCUCUCUCAGCAUUAUAGAGUGAAACAUAAAGUGUCAUUGGUUCAUAGGAAACAAAGAAGAAAUAAUUUUCAUGAGAAAGAAGAUAUUCAAGACAUAACAAAUAUUAUAGAGGAAAAAGGAAAUGAUUAUGAUCUUCAAAUUGUAAAUAUGGAAAACCUUGAUGUUGUCAGUUUAUUAACCAGCGAAGGUUCUGACAACAGUAAAUGUGAUCCUGAUUAUGAAAAAGGCAGUCCAACAGAUGCGACUCAAAAUGAUACAGCUGAUUGUGAUAUUAUAAAUUAUUGUGAAGAAAUUCCUGCCUCAGCAACUGUUAACCCGCCCAUUGAAGAUUCAUUGCAGAUGGAUCACAGUGGUGGGACAACAGAGAUUGAACAUUUAGAGCUAAAAUCUAAUAAUGAACUGUCAUUAUGUUAUACAAGACCAGUUGCUAUCAAAGAUAGUCAGGAAGUUGUCCAACCAAAUUCAUCACAUGGAGAAAGCAAUGUUGUCACCUGCAAUAUUGAAAUAAUUAGCUUGGAUGAACCCAGUAAUGAUCUUUUUAUUGAUGAUGAAUCGCCAGAAAGAAAUUUAAAAUAUAGAAAUGAUGAUAAAACAGAUGGAAAUGAUUUCUUUUUUUGUGUGAAGACAAAUUUAAAUGCUGGAAAAACUAUUAUUUAUGAAAGACAAAAUUUGUGCUGUAUAUAUUGUAAUUACCAAGAUAUGGUAUUGGCAAACUUGUAUCAACACAUGUCUGAUCAGCAUUUAGAUCAUAUGAAUACCAAGGAAGAACUCAAACUGCAAAAUACUAGUGACAAUAUAAAGCUGAUGAAGUUUUCUGAAUAUAAAAGGAUUUGCUUAAAAUAUAACACUGGAUCUAGCAGGAAGAACAGAAAUACUGAAAUACAAGACCAGGCAGGAGAAUUUCCCUGUGCAAAAUGUGGAAAAAUAUUCACUAGAUUACGUUACUUGAAAAAACAUAUUGCACUCCAUAAGCCUGAAAAACCUUUUCUCUGUGAUUUUUGUGGAAAAUCGUUUAAGACUCAAACCUACCUUACUAUACAUCAUCGCUCACACUCCAAGAAGUCUUACCAAUGUGAACAAUGUGAUUUUUCAUCAUCAAAUACUGCCUUAAUACAUAUACAUAGGCAACAGCAUAACAACGGGUGUGUUUUAUGCGAUAUCUGUGGUAAUGCAUACUCUGAUAAAUCAACUUUAACCAAACACAAACGUGUUCAUGAUCCUACUCGUCCAUAUCAGUGCAAUUACCCAGGAUGCACUUGGCGGUUUUUAACAGAAGUAAUGUGCAGGGCACAUCAAAGAAAUCAUGACACGGAAGGAAAAUUUAAAUGUUCACAUUGUGGUUAUGUCUUUCGACACAAACAUCACGUCAAAAGGCAUGAAACUCAAGUGCAUGGUAUAAAAAAUCAACCUAUUAAGAUGGAUGAUAAAACUGAGUCAGAACCAUCAACUAUAAAUAAGAUACAGAGUAUUGAUGAAGGAAAAAAUACAAAUGAAUUACAGGAAAAAGACACAUCUACAGUCAAUGUUAUAGUAGAAUCGACAGAAGAAAGCACUUGUUUACAGGAGUCUGUGUCUGGUGGUCAGUUAGUAAUUACAACAGACACGGAAGGAAAUGCCUUGAAUUAUCAACUCACAGAAAUUUCCAAUAUAGCUUUAAUGGACUCAGGAGGAGGGAGAACAAUUAUAAUUCCUCAAAUUGACUAUGGAAACGUUGUUUUGCAGAGGGUGGAAAAUGCAGUAGGUGAUUCACCAAUGAUAAAAGUUACAGAAAUAAAGGAGAAUAUAUGAUAUAUUUUGCAA